AUGAAAGACGGGGCUUGGGUGCCUCUUUACACCAAGGAAGUUAUCGACUUGGAAAAAAGCCUGUUUAGCGGACAAGUGUUUUCGUUUCGGCAGACAGAUAAGAAGGAGUACACCGGGGUUCUUGGGACGUGUCUUGUGAGCUUUCUUCAGGAUGGAGACAGGGUUCUUUACAAAGUGCUUGAUGGAGACAAGACUCAAGAGGAAGUUGAGGCGGAGAUUUCCAACUUCUUCACAUUGGAUGUUGAGCUCUGCCCCCUACUCCUGAGAUGGAAACUUGACCCCAGUAAUCUGCUGGUUGGUCUGAGGGCCCUCAGAUAUAGCCUGGUUCCGACGAUAUUUUCAUUCAUCUGUUCAUCGAACAAUAAUAUUAGCAGGAUAACCCGAAUGGUUGGGUUUCUCUAUUCGAAGGGAGAGUUUAUCACGAGGUACAAGGGUGUUGACUUCUACUACUUUCCAAGUGUAGAGAAGCUGGUGGAUAUUGAGGAUGAGCUGAGGUCCAACGGGUUUGGAUACAGAUCUUCAUAUAUAUGUAAUGCAGCAAGGUACCUCCUUGGGAACCGCCUGGACUACCAACGGACGUCUGAGAUCAGGGAGAUGAUGGUGUCUAUCAAGGGGAUUGGAUAUAAGAUAGCAGACUGCAUUUUAUUGAUAGGCGCUGGGGACUUGAGUGUUGUCCCCAUUGACACACACAUUUUCAAUCAUUCCAGGAAAGUGUUUGGAAUCAAUGAGAAGCGGCUGUCCCGAAAGAUGUACGGGACCAUACAAGAGCUAUACAGGAGAAGAUUUGGAGAAUAUGCGGGGAUUGCACAGCUCUAUAUAUUCAAAGGAAUGGUUGAUCUAAGGAGGAAGAAGCCCAAGCAAAGGCUGGAACUCUUAAGGCGUUCUCUGGACAGCUUUGACGACAUUGAAUGA